AUGAAAGAUGUUUUACCAGAACAAAUUAGUUAUCAGCUGCAUAACACUCAUUUUCAAAAAUCACCUUAUUGCCAGUAUUCUACUGCUCAGUUUCCUCCAGCUUUGCAGUCUGAAUCUUUACAAAGUCAUUUCAACACUUAUAGAUUGGAUCCACGGUACAGUGAUGGUGGACAGUGUGGAUUUAGUUCCUGUGAAUUAAAUAAACCCACUUAUGUGGUUGCUCAUGAUGCUAAAGAUGGAUACCCUGGAAUAAAAAGGUCCAGACCAAACUAUUCUUCCUUGAGAAAUAAGGGACAGGAAGAAUUCUGUGUAGUUUGUGGUGAUAAAGCAUCAGGAUAUCAUUAUAAUGCACUUACUUGUGAAGGUUACAAAGGUUUUUUUCAACGUAGCAUCAACAAAAAUGCAGUAUAUAGUUGCAGGAAUGGUAGUCACUGUGAAACGGACAUGUACAUGCGUAGAAAAUGUCAAGAGUGCAGACUGAAAAAGUGUAAGGCAGUAAGAAUGUUGGCAGAAUGUUUGCUCACAGAAAUCCAAUGUAAAUCAAAGAGACUUCAAAAGAACUUUAAGCAGAAGAAUCAUUUUUACUCUAACAUCAAAGUGGAAGAGGAAGGAGUAGACAACACAUUUCUAUCAUCCACCACUAGAUCUGGAAAAGUGAUUCAGGAAAGCAUGGAACUAACUCAAGAGGAACAUCAACUCAUUAAUAACAUUGUGGCUGCUCAUCAAAAAUAUACCAUUCCUAUAGAAGAAACAAAUUUGUAUCUGCAGGAACAUGCAAAUCCUGAACUGAGCUUUUUGCGACUCUCAGAGACAGCAGUCCUACACAUACGUGGGCUAAUGAAUUUUACCAAGGGGCUCCCACGAUUUGAAAAUUUGACCAGUGAGGAUCAAACUGCACUACAGAAGGGAUCAAAAACUGAAGUGAUAUUUCUCCAUGGGGCCCAACUUUACAGUCAGAAAGAAUCAGCCUCUGAAAGUAAAAAUGGAUUUCUUUCUAACUUUAAUGUUAAUAGUUACUGUUAA